UCAAAAACCCACAAAUUAUAAAAAUGGAGUUUUAGAAAAAACAAGUCAUCAGAGAGGUUCUUAUUUCCUUCCCUGUGUGUGUGUGUGUGUGUGUGUGUUUGUGUGUUGAGAGGGAGAGGGAGAGAGAGAGAGAGAGUGAAGAAAAGCAGAGAAUAAAAAGAGACCAGAUGUUGACAAAUUUCAUGUCACUGUUCUUGGAAGCUCGUUUGUUUGUGUGAAGAUUUCUUAUCUGGGAUCUCUCUCUUUCUUGAAAAUAAAUAUUAUUAUUAUUAAUAGUAGUAAAUAACUAAAUAUAUACAGUUUGCAAGAAUUCUUUCUCCUUAUAUAUAUAUAUAGUUUGUUGUGUUUUUCUCUCCUCUCUUCUCUCUCUAAAAGGUCUUAGCUUUUCUCUUCAUAAAUAGAGAGUGGCCCAGCGGGUGGAAAUCUCCAAUCUUUAGUUGAGUUUGAUGAGGAUCUGAGCUUCUUCAAUGGAGUUAUUACCAAACCACCCACUUCUUUGUUUCUUUCUUUCAUUUUCCAAUUAUUAGUAUUACUUUACUCCUUUCUUUCUGCUUCUUUUAUUUUUCCCUUUUUCUUUUUCGUUAGCUUUGGGUUACUGCUGCUGUAGUAGUGUGAAAGCCUCUGAAUUUCACAUGAUUCUGUGUUCUUGUUUUCUUGAAUUUGCUGUCGGAUGAUUCAAUCCAUGAGGGGUUCUUGAGGAGAGGUCGUUUCAGGAUGUGGGUCUGAGUUGCUGAGUUAGAUAUCAUCUCCAGGAAUGGGAACAAAAAUACAUUGCAAAACCUACUUGCCAGGAUUUUACUCCAUGAGGGACCUUAAUGAGGAUUCUAGCAGUAGUAGCUGGCCAUUUUUUAAUGGGGACAAGACCGUACAAAAUGGGCAGUAUUACAACGGAUUCAUGCCGAGGACUUCAGUAGAUGGUUAUCCGGGACAUGAUAAGGAUGCAUUGAAGCAAAAAAUGCUUGAACAUGAGGCAGUUUUUAAGAAUCAGGUUUUCGAACUCCACCGUCUUUACAGAAUUCAAAGAGACAUGAUGGAAGAAGCCAAAAGGAAAGAACUACAUGGACACCGAAUGUCAAUGGAACCGGCAUCAUCAUCUAGUCUUCACGGAUCUCAAAUGCCUCAAGAAGAUGCUCGAAAAUGGCAUAUGGCAGGCUUUCCUUUGUUCAAUUCUGGUUAUAGUAGAACAUCUAUUCCAGGAGUUGAAAUUGUUAAUUCUCCUCUGAGUUGUACAAAGGGGAAUAUCAAACAGACUGGUCUGUUUCCAUUCCAGAACGGGACUACUUCAAAGGAUUCUGAAGCAUUGGAUUCAAGACCCUUGAAGGUGAGGAAGAAGUUAUUUGAUCUUCAACUUCCAGCUGAUGAGUACAUAGAUACUGAAGAAGGGGAAAGAUUGCAAGACUAUAAAGUAUCUGAAGUAUCAAGUUAUGCUCCUAAUGGCCAUCUAAAUGGUGGACCUGAAAGUAGUAUGAAGUUAUUCGUUGGUGGUCAUGCUGGUAUGAAAACUGAUUGCCCAAUAAAUGCUUCAGCUUCUUCAUCCUGUUUGAGGCGCUCUACUGGGUUGGCUGAUCUAAAUGAACCCGUGGAGGCCGAAGAAACAAUGGCUCCAUCAUCUGUUGAUUUUCUUGGUCGUACUUCAGAAAAUGCAGAGACUAAAAGCAUAAAUCACCCCACUAAACUAAAUGCAGGGUAUUAUGGUGUAACUGGAGAAACUAUUAGAGACCGUGAUGGAUUUUUGAUGAGUUCGUCUAUUGGGAGUAAAGUUCAUGAAAGAGGAAGGCUCUCCCAUAUAUACGAAGGAGGAUUCACUAAGAACAAUCUCAGUUCUCUAAGUCAAGGUCGUCAACCAGAUAAGUUGCCUUUACCUUCCCAUCCCGUGCAAUGUAUGCCUAACCAGGUUCAUCCUCCGACUGCUGGAAUAUAUCCAAGUGGUUACAGUAGGGAAGAUCUGUGGAGAGAUGGGCUCCGACAUGGUUUAGAAUCUUCUGGUAGAAGUCAGGAUCAGUCCAAUAAUAGCCGAUUGGAACAUAUAGCUUCUCUGACCCCUGGUUCACAUCCGUUCUUUAGUUCAUCUUGUUUUACCGGAUCACGGGCCCACUCUGUCUCAUCUUGGGCAAAACCAACAAGUAGCUCUCCUCAAAAGGUUACCACAUUGGAAACAUCUUGGCAUUCAGCUGCAGCAAUGACUAGAAGUUUGCAGCCGUCUGCUCAAAUCCCAGUACCUUUUAGUGGAAAGUGGCAAGUCGAUGCUGGUUCUAGAUUGAAUCCAUGUUUGGGACGGGAAUCUACGCUGAACGGAUUUUACCAGACGUGUGUAUCAGGAUCCAAGGAACUCAAAGUUGACUCUCCAUCAGUUGGGUUUGAUUAUCUCAACGGCAGUAGGGCUGAUAAUCUAGCAUCUGAACGCUCAAUUAAUCAUACCUUUGGGAGUCUUCCGAAGAGCUCGCAUUUUGCAGAUUCAAAACCUGCCAUAGAUAUUAACUUGAAUGAAGUUCUUCCACAAAGCUUGUCAAAUGAGGUUGUGGUCCUGCAAGAUCUUAACACGGUAGAUGGAAAAAGUAAGACUGAAGACAAUAUGUCAGCACUGCCUUGGCUUAAAGCUAAGCCAGCCCAUGUUAAUGAGGUUGCCAAGUCUUGCAAGAAUGAAACGGCUAGAGAUCUUAGUCAAUUGUUUACCCCAAACGGUAUGUUGGCUUCAAGUGAUUCUGCUAUAGCCAGGAAAAAGGAGAUUGCAGAGUCUCGAACUGUUAAGAAAAUUCUUGGUUUUCCCAUAUUUGAAAGAGGUGUUCCGGAAAAUGACUCAUCAUCCCUUGCUUCGACCUCGGUGAGUGUUGACUGCCAUACUGAACGUAAGGAUGUCAGUACUGGAAGGAAGAAUGGAAUUAUUGACAUAAAUGUAGCAUGUGAGCCAGACGACCAGAUAGCUGAAGAGUCAAUUGGGGAAAAGGAAAAGCAGGAAAAGGGCACCUGUAGCAGAGAGUACAUUGAUUUGAAUUCUUGUGUUAGUGACUGUGAAGAUCCUCCAGCACCUUGCUAUGAAAAAAAGAGCACCAGUGUUAAGAUAACCUUGGAGAUAGAUCUGGAAGUUCCUGUUAUCCUAGAGACUGAGGACGAUAAUACACUGUACAAAGAAAAUAUGCCGGAGGAGGUAUCCUUGCAGUCAUUAGAAAAUAAAAAUGAUGUAAUACGGGACGAUGUUCUUAGAAAUGCAGCAGAAACAAUAGUUGCAAUCUCCUCAUCGUACCCACAAAUCCAUAAGAACGAUAGUGCUUCCCUGCCAACGGAAGCUUCCUUAGCAGAAUCUCUCCUCUGGUUUGUGAAUGCUGUGUCUUCAUAUGCAAAUGAACUUGAAAACCCAUCUGGCAAAGAAUUGAGGGACAUCAGAGUCGGCUCACCUCACCAGGAUUCUUCUGAGGAGAUAGAUGAUUUUGAGGCCAUGACGUUGCAGCUAGCAGAAACAAAAGAAGAAGACUACAUGCCUAUCCCUUUCGUCCCUGAAGUCCAGAAAAUGGAAGACACAGGAGGCAGUGCUUUACCAACCCGAUCUCGUAGGGGUCAGGCGAGAAGAGGAAGGCAGAGGAGGGACUUCCAACGGGACAUUCUUCCUGGUCUGGCAUCAUUGUCAAGGCACGAGGUGACGGAGGAUCUUCAGAUAUUUGGAGGGCUGAUGAGAGCCACAGGUCAUUCUUGGAAUACGGGAUUGACAAGAAGAAAUGGGACCAGAAAUGGGGGAGCUCGAGGCAGGCGACGGGUUGUUGUUGAAACUCUUCCUCCCGUUCCAAGCCCCGUUUGCGCACCACCGACUCAGCAACUUAACAACAUUGGAGCUGGUCUGGAGGAUAGAAGCCUAACGGGGUGGGGGAAGACACCUAGACGGCCCCGCCGACAAAGAUGCCCUCCAGGUAAUCCGCCUACUGUCGCAUUAACGUAAUAAUUGGAAGAGGCCUUACAUUAUUGAUUCAGAGUUUUAUAGAGGGACACAUGCCAUCAGGGAGCUCGUUUUAUGACUUUUCGAGAUUGAGUUGUUGUGAUCGUGGUUUUCGUCUUUGUACAUGUCAUCAUAGCUCAUAACGUGAGUCUUCGUGAUUUAUAUGUCUUUGGAUUACAAACUUGUACUAUUUAGAAAUAAUGUGCUGAUUUGAUCCUGAAAUAUACACAACAUUGAUUUGAAUACAAGCGUUUUGUCUUCCUAAAGACCAAAAA